GGCAAAGAGAAUACGGAAUAACUUUGAUAAUUGCCAUAUUUUUUUAUUUUUUUAUCUAGGCAUUUUUGAAUUUUCGGUCUCAGUUACCACUUUCGUAACUCAGAACUCUUUUACAUAUUAUUCUCUUCUGUCUUCUUAUUACUCGAAGCUUAAUCGGUCAUUGAGUAGGAUCGUGAAAUCGCAUGUACACAUAUCCUCACGAGUAUUUACUUCACCCGGUACCUGUUAUGGCCAUCUAUGGCCUUUCUGCUGUAACAACGGACGACAGCUUAUACAGCAACAAAAAUUCCGCUGGAAAAGAAGGUACAGUAGAAUUAACGCCAGCAAUAACAGAUGACCACAACAUUAACACAAUCAACGAAGCAUUGACGAAGAGUCAUAUCGAGAAUAAUGCUUCUACUGCUUCUACUGCUGCAUCAAACACUCGUUUAGCACUUAUUGAAACUUUAACAGACGUAAUGAUGAGUAACACGGAAUCUACAACAUAUGAGGCUACAAGAUUCAGUACAGGGAAUAGCCAAGCACCACCACUUUUCCGAGUCAUUACAGUUUCGAAGGAUUAUGUCCUUCCUCAAAAACCACAACCUGCAGCACCUGGUUUACUACCACCUAAUUCCAACUUAUCACCGCUUACACAGACAUCCCCACUCUACCCAGACGGUAUCAUGACAACACUGUGGAUCAAAAAGCAUUUGUAUUUACCCUCAGUCAUUGUGGGUUUUUAUGAGUUAUGGGAUUGGGACUCAACGGCUCGUCCGACACGUGAAAUAGGUCCUUUAUCAUCACAAGUGUUAAUUGAUCCAACAGAACGUCAACAUGACGAUAGUUUAGCUAAUGAAAUCAACAGCAGACGUAAAUAUUUCCAAGAGAAGGGUAUCAAAUUUGCAGCUGUCAUUAUAUUAAAGCAGCGAUACUAUGAUCAGUCAGUAGAGGAAAGAUUAGCAGCUAUAAGAAAACAGUCUGGUUUAGAUACGAAAACUUCAUUUUUCACAGUAGCACCUGGAUCCACAGCUGAAAUACAAGAAUUUGUUAACGGGCUUUACCGAGUAUUAUAUGAGCCUGCUAUGCAAUUUUAUAGCAAUUGUUUAAAAAAAGUACGAAAGAAGAAAUCAAAAUUACCGUCACCAGCUUCAAUGCCGAAACCUGCACCUGAUUUAUCUUCUACAGAACCACAGCCAUUAUCAGUUAUGGGUUGGAUGUUGCGAUAUGAAUAUAAAGCGGCUUUUUUCCAUGAAAUCAAGCAAGAAAUAGAGGGCGCAUUAAAGUCCUUCGAGGCAGCUUACGGAAUUUUAUCAGAAAUGCUUUUACCUACAGCCUCCGUCACAACAAUGGGAAACGUAAACCUUGUUAUUCAUAGCAACCGAUGGGAAGAAGCACGUAUUUUAAUCGAUUGUAUUAAUCUCAAAAUUUGCCGUUUUCAUCUUUAUCUGAAUGAUUCAGCUGCGGCAUUAGCCCAGCUAAAUGGACACUUGCAUAUGUUCCAAUCUUAUGCACCUAGCUGGGGAAUGGCAGAGCAAACAUUCGAAUAUUGGGCAUGGUUAUCGACGCAAUAUCGUAUAUUUGCGGAUAUAAUUGAUACAGCUGUUCAAGCUGGCUAUAAAAUUCCUGUGCCUACAGCAUAUCUUGUCGGUAGCUCAGAUCAAUCUGGUAGCCCUUUGAUGGCGGCUUCUUCUACUUCUUCGGGUCAAAUCACAAGCACUAGUGGCUGCAAUCCGGGCACCGUCCUUCAACAUCCAGGGUUUUACUAUCACUUGGCUGCUAUGUGCUGCGCCGAACGUAGAAGAAAAUUUUUGGAGAUAGAAAAGCUGAAUUCAGCGGGCUUAUUAUUCAGUAACGAUAAUAUGAAGGUCGAUGCAGCAAUAUUACAGAAGGAAAGGACAGUUGACCACUCUACACUUACUGUUGAACUGUUAACAAAAAGCUGCGAGCAAUUUAAACGUUAUCGUAAUGGCCGUAUGACCCUCUAUUUAGCAGCUGAGAUUGCCGGCACAUAUUAUGAAACGGGGAGAUAUGAAAUGGCUCUGAAAUUCUUUGAGCGAAUUGGUAAAACCUAUCGUAAAGAAAAAUGGCACAUGGUCUCAACGUCCAUAUUACGAUGGUCACUACGUUGUGCUAAAGAAUUAGAGUAUUGGGAGAAAGCAGUGGAGUGCUUAGUGGAAUUAAUGUGUGAUGACUUGCCCAUGGUCGAAACCAAACGACAGGAUAUACAGAAAGAACUUACGACUUUGAUAUUCAGUGAUUCAGCAUCGCCAUCUCCGAAAGCUGAAGAAAGAACCGUACUCCACCUUGAUAUGGAUCAAAUUAAUCCCUUCAUUAGUUGUAAAGUACAGAUGAAAAAGAAAGUGAGUUUUGUUGGGUCACCAGUACAAUAUCAAGUUGUUCUGCAAGCCAACAAGACAUCACCAUGCACACCUUUCCGUUUCCAAGCGAUGAAGAUUGUUUUUAAUGAUCCACAAUAUAACAUCAUUUUAAAGGAUUGUAAUGCGGAAGAUGACAUGCAGCUCACUGAAUUGAUUGAUAUUACAGAAAGCUUGACGAAAACGACGGGAGACAAUACAGAAUAUACUGAUUGGUUUACAGCAGAGGCAGAUUUAAGAGUGGCGAAAAACCAAAUAAAGGCUUUCCAAGGAACAAUUAUUCCUCAGCAUUUCGGUGAAUUAAAGAUCCUUAGUGUAUCGCUUGAAAUCAUUACAACUAGAUGGUGUAUAGAAUUAAACUACUCGCUAGAUAAACCUUCUGACAUGCAUAACGGGAUAAGAAGAAAAUGGUUGGAGAAUGUCCCCGGUAAAGAACCAGUUUUUAGCUUUUUAGAUGGUCGAGGAUAUUUGCUCUCUACCAAUGUUAUGCAAAAGCCACCAAAUAUUGAUAUCAAAUUUGAAUAUGUUGCACCAGCUUUACUAAACGAGCUUUUCAAAGUGGAAAUCUUGAUAACCAGCUCCGAAGAGGAAACAAUAGAUGUCAUUUUAGGAGCAGAGAUUAAAAAUGUCGAAAGUACGGUACCGAACGAUUACAUUAUAAUUGAACCCGAACAACACGAGCAAAAUUCAACGGCGGAAGUAAGUCUUGGUCACAUUAAGUCAAGACAAACACUUAGAAAAGCAGUAUAUAUUCAUUGUGCUGCAGAUCCCGGUACCAGGACCAUUAGCUUUACGGUCAAAUACUCGAUUGUGAGUCAGCCAUCUGCACAAAUUAUAUGCAAAACAGAAACGAUCCGUAUUCCAUUUAUUGCUGCUUUCGAUGUCAAUUUUGAACUGUUGGGUCAAACUGAGUCAUCUAAAGAGGCUUUCCCUGAACUAGAGAAAUCCGAACUAUGGUUGCUAUCUUCUUCCGUACAUUGUUUGUCAACGUGUGAGUUAGAGAUCGAAAGUUUGCAAUACGAACAAGCCGAGAAUUACUCCGAAUCUUGUUUGUCGUUGUCGCUCUUGUCCAAGAUAGACAAUCUUUCAUGUAAAACUUGGAGGACUGGACAUAUGUUCAGGACUAAUUAUCUGUUUAGACUGACAACAUCUGAUAUUUUUGAUAAGCCAGCCGGUACAGUCCCUGCUGGGAACAUGGUUAUUAAUUGGAAGAGAGCUGAGAAUGAAGGAGGUCAAUACUACAAGACCGUGAUCUGUUUACCAAAUAUACAGAUGCAACAACCAAAGCUUACUGUACUCGCAGAUAUACCAUCUGAACUAUUUUUAGGCGAGCCCUUCACAUUGACAUACACCGUAUACAACCCCACUGAAUCACUCGCUGAUUAUACCGCCUCCAUUGAAAUCAGUGAUGCUUUUGUGUUUUCCGGUUACAAGCAGUUCAGGGGUCGCGUUUUACCCUUUUCAAAGAAAUUGUAUCAAUAUACCUGUUAUCCACUAGUGGCGGGGCAAGUUAGACUGCCUCGUCUCAAGUUAAUUGGAUUACAACGACAGCUUGGUGAAAGGGAAAUUCCUAUUGAGUUGGUUGGCGCAGGAAGCACUUUAAUAGCCAUGAACAAUGAAUUACAAGUAACAAAACAUGUAGUGCUAACAGGCAAUAUUAAUACCGACUCUUCAUCACUAACGCCAGUGGCUUCUUCGCCACAGCCAAUGAUUGUUUUUGUAAAUGCGAAAAGAAGCAUGUAAUAAUAUUAAACAUUUUUUCUCUCUUGUUAUACAUGUAAAAUGUAAUUCAUUGUACAUUGGUCGUUAUCAAGAAGUUCGGGGCUUUUUCGUAAAAAUUGACUCAGGAAAGAAAUGUGUCUUCCAUUUCAAAUUUUACACACCACUGAUGUAUUGAUAAAAGAGUAGUAUAUUAC